GGUAACUUGCCUGGCGAUCACAAGCUCUCUCAGAUCAGUUGCUGGCAUGCUUCACAGAGAUAUGCUCCACUCACAACCGAUCACAGCUCCAAAAAAUGGCCAGGGGUUCCCACUUGUGCUCUCUCUCUCUGAUGCUCUGCUGCCUUAUCAGUGUGGAGCCAUCGACUGGGCAUCCUUCAAACGAAGUUAACCUUCUGGAUUCCAAAUCGGUUCAAGGGGAGCUGGGAUGGAUAUCUUAUCCUCUACACGGGUGGGAAGAGAUCAGUGGCGUGGAUGAGCACUACAUCCCAAUCCGCACCUACCAGGUGUGCAACGUGAUGGAGGCCAGCCAAAACAACUGGCUGAGGACCACCUGGAUCCGCCGGGACUCUGCCCAGAAGGUCUACGUGGAGCUUAAGUUCACCCUGAGAGACUGCAACAGCAUCCCUCUGGUCCUGGGCACCUGCAAAGAAACCUUUAACCUGUAUUACAUGGAGUCUGACCAAGAUCAUGUGCUGAAGUUCAGGGAGAGCCAGUUUGUCAAGAUCGACACCAUCGCUGCGGACGAAAGCUUCACCCAGAUGGACCUGGGGGACCGCAUCCUCAAGCUGAACACCGAGGUGCGGGAGGUGGGGCCGAUGAGCAAGAAAGGGUUUUACUUGGCCUUCCAGGACGUGGGCGCCUGCGUGGCUCUGGUGUCCGUGCGUGUCUUCUUCAAGAAAUGCCCUUUCACCACACGGAACCUGGCCAUGUUCCCCGACACGGUGCCCGGCGUCGACUCCCUCUCGCUGGUGGAGGUCAGGGGAUCCUGCGUCAACCGCUCCAAGGAGGAGGACCCUCCCCGAAUGUACUGCAGCACCGACGGGGAGUGGCUGGUGCCCAUCGGGAAGUGCCUGUGUGACCCCGGCUACGAAGACAGAGGAAACACGUGUCAAGCCUGCAAGCCUGGGUUCUACAAAGCUUUUGCUGGAAAUGUUAAGUGUGCCAAGUGCCCUCCUCAUAGCCACACUCAAGCACAGGGGUCCGUGUCCUGCAAAUGUGACAGGAGCUACUUCCGAUCGGACAAGGAUCCUGCCUCCAUGGCAUGCUCCAGACCGCCCUCUGCUCCAAGAAACGUCUUCUCCAACAUCAACGAGACCUCAGUGAUCCUGGAGUGGAGCUGGCCCGACGAUAUGGGAGGGCGCAAAGACGUGACCUUCAACGUGGUCUGUAAGAAGUGCGGAGCUGGCCCGGCGCAGUGCGAGCCCUGCCUGAGCCACGUCCACUUCCUGCCGCGGCGCGCGGGCUUGGCCAACGCCACGGUGACCGUGGGUGAGCUGCUGGCUCACACCAACUACACUUUCGAGAUCGAGGCCGUGAACGGGGUGUCGGAGCUCAGCUCGUCCCCUCCGCAGUUCACCGCUGUCUCCAUCACCACCAACCAGGCCGCUCCGUCACCAGUUACAGUUGUCAAGAAGGAUAGGAUGUCCCGAAAUACCAUCGCCUUAUCUUGGCAGGAGCCAGAGCAUCCUAAUGGGAUCAUAUUGGACUACGAGGUCAAGUUCUACGAGAAGCAGGAACAGGAGACCAGCUACACUAUAAUGAGAUCAAAACAAACCAACGUCACCAUCAAUGGGCUGAAACCUGAGACCACCUACCUGUUCCAGAUCAGGGCCCGGACUGCUGCCGGCUAUGGGUCGAUCAGUCGCAAGUUUGAGUUCGAGACCAGCCCCGACUCCUUCUCCAUUGCCGGCGAGAACAGCCAGGUUGUCAUCAUCGCCAUCUCCACAGCCAUCGCCAUCGUCCUCUUCACCGUGGUGACCUACAUCGUGAUCGGGAGGUUUUGUGGAUACAACAAAUCAAAGCAUCUUUCGGAUGACAAAAGGAUUCAUUACCCGAACGGCCACAUCAAACUUCCUGGACUCCGAACGUAUGUGGAUCCCCACACGUAUGAGGACCCCAACCAAGCAGUGCACGAGUUUGCCAAGGAGUUGGACUGUUCCUUCAUUGCCAUCGAUAAGGUUGUUGGGGCAGGUGAGUUCGGGGAGGUGUGCAGCGGGCGACUAAGGUUGGCGUCCAAAAAGGAGAUCUUGGUGGCCAUCAAAACCCUCAAAGUUGGUUACACGGAGAAACAAAGGCGGGACUUCCUGAGUGAAGCCAGCAUCAUGGGGCAGUUUGACCAUCCCAACAUCAUUCACCUGGAAGGAGUGGUCACAAAGAGCAAGCCAGUGAUGAUUGCUACAGAGUACAUGGAGAAUGGUUCCUUGGACAGCUUUCUGCGGAAACACGAUGCGCAGUUCACAGUUAUCCAGCUGGUGGGCAUGCUCCGUGGGAUAGCCUCUGGCAUGAAGUACCUGUCAGACAUGGGUUAUGUCCACCGCGACCUGGCUGCUCGCAAUAUCCUAGUCAACAGCAACCUCGUGUGCAAAGUGUCUGACUUCGGGCUCUCCAGGGUCCUUGAGGACGACCCUGAAGCUGCAUAUACCACACGGGGAGGAAAGAUCCCGAUCCGAUGGACUGCACCGGAAGCCAUUGCUUAUCGCAAGUUCACCUCUGCGAGUGACGUGUGGAGUUACGGCAUUGUUCUGUGGGAGGUGAUGUCUUACGGCGAGAGGCCUUACUGGGAGAUGUCCAAUCAGGAUGUAAUUAAAGCGGUCGACGAAGGCUAUCGGCUGCCACCCCCCAUGGACUGCCCAGCUGCCCUGUAUCAGCUGAUGCUGGACUGUUGGCAAAAGGACAGGAACAACAGGCCCAAAUUCGAGCAGAUUGUCAGCAUCCUGGACAAGCUGAUCCGCAAUCCCAGCAACCUCAAGAUCAUCACCAACACGGCAGCAAGGCCGUCAAACCUGCUGCUUGACCGGAACAGCGCGGACAUCAGCGCAUUCCGCUCUGUGGGCGACUGGCUGGACGGUGUCCGCGUCGGACAGUACAAGGACAGCUUCACAGGGGCCGGAUACACCUCCAGCGACAUGGUGGCCAAGUUAACCUCAGAUGAUUUAAAGAAGAUUGGGUUCACUCUUUCUGGGCACCCGAACAAGGUGGUGAGCAGCCUCAAGCAACUGGAAACGCACACAAGGAAUGGUCCUGUUGCAGUGUAAAGUUUCGGACGCAAGCCGACUGCGUCGUUCAGGCCCCGCAGAGUGCAACCGGGACUCAAGAGGCCGAGAGAGAGAAACGUCAGUGAACAGAAAUGGCUCGAGAGAGAGAGAGAGAGAGAGAAACAGAGAGCUCUAGAGGCCAUGUAGCGAUAUGGUUUGGUCACUUGAUGUGGGUGCGUGAAAGACUUUUUAAACUCUUUAAGUGUAAAUGCCUUAAAAAGGGAAACGACAGCUCUGUUUUUUCUACCUUUUUUUAUAUAUUUAAGAAAAAAAGGUGGUCUGCUUAACUAUUAUUUAUGAUGGUGCGAACAUUGAAAUUUCGAAACACUUUCAGUGUGCAGGUAUUAAGGAGGGAGGAGAGAGGAAAAUAAAUUCUCUCCCCUCCCAAAAGGGAAGAGCAAGAGUUUUUUUNAUUAAAUUAAAACGUGCUUAGGGAUGGAACCAAAACCAAUAGGCAAGCAGUGAACUGGCCCACAAAUUGAAACCGUUCAGACAGAUGAUUUUUAUGCUGGAGUUUGGCUUCACUUUCUUCACUUGAAAAGCCCCAAAUGUAAAAAUGUUGGCAAUCGAUUCCUCGCGGACAGAAAGGCAUAAAGUUUCCUAAAUCUCCUACACUAUACUGGGGUGAAACUAACCCUUGGAGCAGUGCUAGUUGAUACAUCGUGGGAAGAAGAUGGACAGUUUGGGGCUGUGUGUAACAUCCAUU